CUGACCUGCAGCCUCCUCAAACAUGAGUCCAUCAGACCCAAAGGUUUUACUUACCAAAACUAGUAGAGCUACUUCUUCUUCCGGAUCGGACUGUUUUUUGUUACAGGAGUGAAGUAUUGGGAAGUAAUGGAAUUAAAUUAUAUCCGGAGUCGCUCUUCUCUUUGAGGAAAGGCUGAUAAACUUUUUACGCGUGAACCAAAGCGGGACGCCUUCAGACACCGCAGCUGAUCAUGAUGGAUGAAACAUCGCCUACAACGGGGAAUACAAAUAACUGGAAGGCUCUUUAAGAAGGCGACUGGAGACUUGCAAGAUUGGCAGAACCCAUUAAGAAGCAGUCUGUAAAAGCAUAUCCAGGCACAGCUACAUCCAAGAAUGAGGAUCAAAUACACAAUACCCAUUGUUUUUAUUGUGGCACUUGUUAUCAUUGAGAAGGAAAACAACAUUAUCUCAAGGGUGUCAGAUAAGCUCACCUUAAAGCAGACCCCCCAGACCCCUCUACAGCCCAGUGGUAUCUCCCACAUACUGCUGAAGCACAAUGGUUCCUUUACCUCACUCAGCAAGAUGGACUCUGCUUUCACGCUGAUGAAGCGGCGCCUGGAGAACUACAGCCAGCACCAGGAGGUGGUGACAAGGGGCAGGAAACACAUCCUCCUGUUAGCUACCACCCGGACGGGCUCUUCGUUUGUGGGCGAGUUUUUCAACCAGCAGGGCGACAACAUGUUUUACCUGUUUGAGCCGUUGUGGCACGUGGAGAAGAUGUUGACGCUGGAGACCGGUGGCACCAACGCCACAGCAGCAGCCAAGGCGUACCGCGAGGUGCUUCAGCAGCUCUUGCUGUGUGACUUCACCCUGCUGGAAAGCUUCAUCGACCCCGUCCCUGUGGACCACAUCACCGCUGCCCUCUUCCGCAGGGAGUCCAGCAGCUCUCUGUGUGAACAGUCGGUCUGCAGCCCCGUCAUCAAAGGGGUCUUUGAGCGUUAUCGCUGCAGGACCAGACGCUGUGGGCCCCUGAACCUGACCAUGGCGUCUGAGUCCUGCCUCCAAAAGGAGCACAGGGCCAUCAAGUCAGUGAGGGUGCGGCAGCUGGAGAACCUUCGUCCUCUGACUGAGGACCCACGCCUUGACGUGAAAUUCAUUCAGCUUGUUCGGGAUCCUCGAGCUGUACUAGCCUCACGCAUGGUGGCCUUUGCAGCCAAAUACAAGAACUGGAAGCAGUGGGCUAUGGAUGGGGAUGUGCCCAUUGAUGAUGAUGAGGUGAGAAAGCUUAAAGGGAACUGUGACAACAUCAGGAUGUCAGCGGAGAUCGGCCUCAGACAACCACCGUGGCUACGCAGGCGUUACAUGCUGGUGCGGUACGAGGACAUUGCUCGGUUCCCCAUGACAAAGGCAACAGAGAUGUACAGGUUUACUGGAAUCCCGUUCACGCCGCAAGUGAAAUCCUGGAUCCUGAAGAACACCCAGGCCUCCAAGGAGACCAGCGGUGUUUACUCCACACAGAAAAACUCCUCCGAACAAGUAGAGAAAUGGAGGUUCAGUUUACCAUUUAAAAUAGCCCAGGUUGUACAAAAGGUUUGUGGACCAACGCUGAAGCUUUUUGGAUAUAAAUUUGUAAGCAGUGAGGAAAUGCUAACAGAUAAGUCUAUUAGUUUGAUUGAGGACAAAGUGUUCAACUUUUUGUAGACUUUAAUAGACAUGCAUUCUGAACCCUGAUGCAGGAAAAAAAAACAACCUUUCAGAAAACUCUGGAAUGACUGAUAUUUAUUAGGGUAUUUUAUCCUAUUUAAAGUUUUUUACUAUUUAAAAUAGUUUGAUGAAGAAAAUGUAUUGUUGAGUGGAAAAUUCCUAUUAAGCUUUCAACCAUUGAAGCAAGGAAGUAUAUUGAGACUUUACAUAUGGGUAUAGAAUAGUGAAAAUAGGAAGCUAUCUUUGUUUUUGCACUCCGGACUAUUUUCUCUGUCCAAACUGUAUCGUUUGCUUGUCCUGCAAGCCUGUCCAAAUGUAACUCCUUAGCAAAUAUAGGAAAGUCCUAAUGGAGAUAGCUGUGGGUUUGUGAACACGUCUGAGUUAGCAAUAUACCGUAGUCUGCUUUCACACCAAAGAAACUUGAAACGAAAUGUUUGUGCAGAGCCAAAAAAAUUAAUAGCUUUGCAUAGCAAUGCUCAUGGCAGGAAGAGGAAAUACCAAUGUUUUGCCAGGUCAUUUCUACACAUGAGAUUUAGAAGUAAUGUCCCAUGUUAAUUUAUUUAUUUCUUCUUUGCUAAUAGUCAUAAUGACUCCAGUUUUGAAUGUACUCCACAGGUUCUCUUCCCCUCUGCAGCUGUACUUUUCUUGCACACGUAUACUGUAGUUUGCUAUACAUGCAUGUUUGUAAUUGGCCAAAAGUUGUUUGAAGUUGUCCUCGGUAUUGUAAGGACCCAUUCUCUAAAAACACAUGUUUACACUGCCACUGUAUGCUAACAUUCCAACUGCAGCUGGUUUGCAGGAUUGUGCGAGAAAGGUCUGUCUGUUGACACAAGUCUCUUGGCUGGUGAUAAAAAGAGGCCCUGAUAU